CUUCGCACACAUUUGGCCGUCUUUCGGCAGCGUGUGCCGAUAGAGUGCUGUCAAUGGGCAAACGACAAUGCGAGGAAAGGCCAAAGUCAUAAUUACUCAAACUGCAAGAAGAAUCAGAAGAGUGUGUGUUGUGCGGGAUUGAAUGAAAAAUUUGCUCAGUGACUGUGUCGGUGCGUCUUUAGUAGUCCCAAAUUGGUCACGCGAAAGUCGCUUCUCCUACAACAGCAGUAAUUCUCACCUAUUGUAAAUCGAAGGAGUUUUUAUUCCUUUUCUGGAAUGAUUAAGGAUCUGAUUUCCCACGGUAGAGGCAUUGUAAUAGGGAUCUCGUCAUCAACAUUACCACAGCAGCCUUCAAGGAUUCAAGGAAUCAAUCAGCGAUUGAUACAUAAGUAGUAGCAACAACAACGUAAAUUUUAAUUCAAGCGAUUUACUAUGGAGAAAAAGAAGGUCAUUGCACAAAGUUUUGACAGCGGUAAUUGCCGAAUCCUUGAAAAACAGUUUGCUAUGAUCUCGUCUGAAUGAGAUCACGUUUGACGUUUCGCGGAGGAGCUUCGUAAUGAGAUUCGGCUGCGCUUGUUUACGAAACGCAGCAUCCGAAAACUGCGACUGAAUAUGAUAUAAAUUACUCGGGAAGAAUACUCGUAGCUUUUGAAUAGAUUUCGGUUGUUUCGGCACGGCUUUGCAAAAUUGUGAGUGCAAGUAAGAUAAUUGUGUAAAUAGUGCCUCGCAGAAGAUAAUAUAUUUUUACUACUUCUUGAGCUGUGUGCAUAUGUGCGAAUGUUUGUAUGUAUGUGAAAAAAACGAAACACAAUCCUAUUUGCAAGAUUUCAGCAACAACCAUUGUGAAGUGAAGUGAAUCAAAAAUCUCGUCAAUCAACACUGCAAGCAAAACAAAUCGCUUUCUGGUUCAAUCAUUGCCGGAUGAUAUUUGUAGCAACGAUGGGCAACUGCAUCGGCAUCAAUCGGAAUGAUUCGGAAACACUCGACACCGGAUCCGCCAAUGUAACCCGGCCUGUGACGGGGAAUACCUCCAGCUAUGUCGGCACACAGCGGAAGAAUCAUCCACUGUGUCACGAGACGAUACGCUGGAAAUCGGAAGUGCCAUUAACGGAGGGACAGUUGCGUAGCAAGCGGGAUGAGUUCUGGGACACGGCACCAGCCUUCGAAGGGCGCAAAGAGAUUUGGGACGCACUACGGGCGGCAACCAGCGCCGCUGAAGCUCUCGAUUUUCAGCUGGCACAGGCCAUCCUUGAUGGAGCGAACAUCUCCGUUCCAAACGGGUACCUCACCGAGUGCUAUGACGAGCUCGGAUCGCAGUACAAACUACCAAUUUACUGCUUAUCCUAUCCGAUUAAUAUAGUUAAGGAAGAUUAUGGACGCGAUUCGCCUGCUGAAUACUCGGAACCGGUAGAUGGAGGAACCGAAAUCGUACUGAAGCUGCGACUAUCGUCCACUUGUACAGAUGUUAAAUUACCAGUUUAUUCUAAAGACACAGUCGGCCAGUGCAAAAAGAAGUUACAGGCUCAGGAGGGAGUCGAUGCAUUUACGCAGAGGUGGUUUUACGGUGGCAAGCUGCUUGGCGAUAAGAUGCACAUCGAUGAGGCUCACAUACAGCCCUCUUACAUAGUGCAGGUCAUUGUGAAUACGGAGAAGCAAUCCUCGCUUGCGGUUAGCUAGCUAAGGGCGGGCAAUCGGAGACGACUAGGACGGCACGGAAACAUUACAAUCACCAUUCGUCUGAAAGCAGUAGUCAUAGCCGUUGCUAGUACCCAAGAAAUUAUAAUACAUUUUAAACCUUAUAGGUCUUAUGGGUCUUAUGCAGUUUCCGAUUCAGAUUCAGAAUGAUAAACUUUGCAAUCAUGUUUGUACAAUCCGGCAAGGAGUGGUGCGAAUGCAAAGGGGUGAUCGAUUUUGUGGCGAUCGUAGUCGAGCGCAGUAUAAAGGAAGGGAUGUUCAGAUAUAUACAAAACAUUAAAAUACGCUGAUGAUGAUAAUAAUAAAAGGAAAGAAACUAAUUUAAGAAAGCGAAUAGUUAAUAGUAUACUGAUAAGAGGCAAUUAAUAUAUUAUUGAAUGAUAAUAACAAAUCAUAUUUAAAUUUUAUCAA